UCACCGGUGGUCGUGUGGAAUCACUUGGUCGGUUCUUGUACAUGGAAGUAAGUCCAAGAAUCUCUUCUUUGUUUAUCCGCAACUAAUUUGCAGGCAUAAAUAAUGUAUUCACACUUUUCGUGUCCUUCGCGUAAUAAAAUGCCAUUCAGGAUUCUCUUCGGUCUUGUUUCACUUCACAAGUGAAACCCUCCAUAGCUCUUCUUCUUUUAGUCCACAGAUAGAUGGUUUCUUGAUUUAUAUAUUCGCUACCCUUUGUGAAUAAAGACUGACGGUUUUGUUCCUUUUACAUCCCCCGUCCUCAAGCAAACCAGUGGUUCUCUCUAGCUUUUGUUUAUUCUCUAUUUUAGAUCCAGCUCCCAUAUGGGUGUCAAUGUGGAGCAUUUCUCUUCAGACAGUGAAAUGUUAGGUUCUGAGAGUGAUGAUGGAGAGCUAAAGAUGAAAUCUUUAUUUCACAGAAUGAUUUGGGACUUCGGGUUGGCCUGUGUAAUCCCACCUCGCCGGAGACGGAGCUCCGGCAAUGGAAGUAGCGACGGGGAUUCGUCGGAGCACAAUAAAGCUUGGUUGCUGGCUCAGUCCGGUGGGUGUGGCCGUUUGGAGAUGAAUAAUGCCGAGCCGCAAUCUGUCCACUCAUCCUUCAGGCUCAGCAUUUGCUCUCAGGUUGAGCUUGAUUCGAUGAAUGUGAGUAGCUGCCCCUCUGCAACUGUUUUGAUGGUGAAUUUGGAAAACGGGUCGACUGAUCCGAGCGGGUCAAGAGAUCUUAAAUGGAGGAAAAUCGAGUCUUUAGAGAGAAGUAUCUCCCCCAUAGCACAUUCUUUACUGAGGUUUAGCUAUCAAGAAAUUGUGUCUGCCACUGCCAAUUUCUCCAAAGGUAGAGUAUUGGGAAGAGGAGCAUUGAGCUAUGUAUUUAGAGGAAGAAUUGGAUUAAUGAAAGCUGCCUUAGCGAUUAAGCGAUUAGAUAUGGGAGAUAAGGAGACCCCAAAGGCAUUCUGUAGGGAAUUGAUGAUCGCUAGUUCUCUGCAUAACCCUUACAUUGUCCCUCUUGUGGGCUUCUGUAUGGAUCCUGAAGCCGGGUUGUUUUUGGUUUACAAGUAUGUAUCCGGUGGGAACUUGGACUGUUAUUUGCACGACAAAAGAGGGGCGAGAGGGCGUUCCGCCCUUCCCUGGCCUGCUAGGUACAAAGUUGCUCUUGGCAUUGCAGAAGCUAUUGGCUAUAUGCACAACGGAACCGAAAGAUGCAUUGUUCACAGGGAUAUCAAGCCUUCCAACAUUCUUCUAUCUUCAAAAAAGAUACCUAAGGUAUGUGACUUUGGUUUAGCUACAUGGACCCCUUCACCUUCUGUGCCUUUCCUUUGCAAAACUGUGAAAGGGACGUUUGGGUACUUAGCACCAGAGUAUUUUCAGCACGGGAAAGUGUCAGAUAAAACAGACGUUUAUGCUUUUGGAGUAGUCCUCUUGGAGCUAAUAACUGGGCGGAAACCAAUUGAAGUCAAACGAGGAGCAGGGGAGGAGAAUCUAGUCUUGUGGGCGAAGCCACUACUACAGCAAGGAUUCAUUGAAAAGUUGCUUGACCCGAGACUAAGAUUUCCCCGAAAGAGCUUAAACAAGAUAGCGUGGAUGGUUCAAGCAGCGGCUGCAUGCAUAAACAAUGAAGAAUCUCAUCGGCCCAACAUUGAUGCAAUUAUUGCUAUACUUAGAGGCAUAAAAGUAGAUCACCUUGGCAGGAACAAGGCCAAUUUAGCCACGGGUAACGGUUGUGUUUUCGAGUGUUAUACCCAGUUGCAGCAGAGUAAAAGUCAAUUGAGGGGUCACAUGGAAUUAGCAAUGGUAGGGGUCACUGAAUUUGAAGAAGGAGAAUUUUACUGUCACUGAAUCUUUGAAUUAAGAGAGAUUCUAGGCUGGUUUGAGAGAGAUGUUUAAAAUGUAUAUAGAACAUCUUCAUUUAUCAGUCUUAGUUUGCAGUUUGCACAAUCCGUAAAUGAUCUUUUUUGUUAGUAGUAAUAAAUAAUAAUUAUCAAGCUGUACUGUGAUUCUUGAAGUUCCUUUUUUCCUGGAAUGUCAACUGUAUUUUUUACUCGUAAGCUUCUAUAACUCUUAUCUUUUUUUUUUGUAUAUGA